GUGUUGUCCUCUCUGUCUCUGUGUUGUCGUCUCUGAUGGUCAUGGGUUGGACAAUGGAGCCGCAGAAGAAGAGGAAGAAGAUCGUGAUCGGUGUCUUGGCUGUAUCGAUUGUGACUCUAAUCCUCGGUCUUGGACUCGGUUUGGGAUUGGACCUGCAGAAAUGUUUGAACAAAGUCGUCCCUCACACGUCCUGCAGGAACCGCUGCUUCCAGCCGUACGGGGAGGAGCCGGGCUGCAGAUGUGACGACAGCUGUGUGUCCAGCAACAGCUGCUGCUACGACUUCCACGACACCUGCGCCGUCCCCGCUCAGAUGUGGGAGUGUACGAAGCUGCGCUGUGGAGAGACGAGACUAAACCAAAGUCGCUGUCACUGCUCUGACGACUGUGUGUCUGCACACGACUGUUGUACUAACUACAAACAUGUGUGCCACGGAGAGACGACGUGGUUGGAGGAGGAGUGUGAUGUCCAGAUGUCCCCCACGUGUCCAUUAAAUUUCAGGACGCAGCCUCUUCUCCUCGUCUCGUUGGACGGACUCAGAGCCGAGUACCUGCAGACGUGGCGAUCUCUCAUCCCAGUGCUGGACAAACUGAGAGCGUGUGGAACCUCAGCUCCGUACAUGCAGUCUGCGUUUCCCACCAAGACGUUUCCCAACCACUACACCAUCGUCACGGGCCUUUACCCAGAGUCCAACGGUUUGAUCGACAACGUCAUGUACGACCCGGUGUUUGACGCCUCCUUCAGUUUGUCCAACUCAGAGAAGGACAAUCCAGCCUGGUACCUGGGACAACCUGUUUGGCACACGGCGCGGUACCAGGGCCUCAGGUCCGGGACGUUUUUCUGGCCGGGAUCGGACGUUAAAGUCAACGGCAGCUUCCCGGACAUCUACAGACCGUACAGCGGAAAAGUUCCGUUUGAAGAGCGAGUGUUUACCGUGCUGAAGUGGCUGCAGCUGCCAGAUGCUGAAAGGCCACAUUUCUUCACGUUGUACCUGGAGGAGCCGGAUAAAUCUGGACACAGUUACGGUCCAGUGAGUGGAGGAGUGAUCGACGCCCUCAUGGGCGUGGAUAAAGUCAUGGGACAACUCAUGAACGGUCUAAAGCAGCUGGGACUCCACCGGUGCCUCAACAUCAUCGUCGUCGCCGAUCACGGUAUGGAGGACACCAGCUGCGACAGGAAGGAGGUUCUGCAGGAGCUGGUGGGCGACGUCAGCAGUUACUGGGUCACCGAGGGCCCGUUUGGACGAAUCAGGGCCAAGAACAAAGACACAGUCAUUGAUCCAGCAGAACUUGUUGCUAACAUGACGUGCAAGAAGCCCGACCAAAAGAUCAAACCGUACCUGAAGACCAACCUGCCAAAGCGUCUCCACUUCGCCAACAGCCGUCGCAUCGAGGACGUCAACGUCCUGGUCGAAGCAAAAUGGCUGUUUGAGCGAUAUCCUGGAUCGCUCACGUUCUGCUCGGGUGGAGCCCACGGCUACGACAAUGACGUGGAGAGCAUGCAUGCCAUGUUUGUCAGUUAUGGACCAAAGUUUCAGUCCAAAACAGAAGUCGAGCCGUUUUCCAACAUCGAGCUCUACAACCUCAUGUGCGACCUGCUACAGAUUUCUCCCGCUGACAACAAUGGGACCCACGGCAGUUUGAACCACAUGUUGAGGACGCCAUUCUACAAACCAGCGCCCCCUGCAGAGCAGAGCGGGCCCGCCCAGUGUCUGCUGCUCAGUCUGGACCCUGAGGACACGCUUGCGUGCUCCUGUCCAGCUCUGAGUGGAAAUGAGAUCAACAGUCGUCUGAACCUGACGACAGAACAAGAAUCUGCCGCAGAGAUGAAGCACCUGCUGUUCGGUCGUCCUCGGACGCUGCAGUCGGACCGGAGUUACUGUCUCCUCCGCCACCACGGAUUCAUCAGCGCCUACAGCAGCGACGCGCUCAUGCCUCUGUGGAGCUCCUUCACCAUCGACAAGCCCGCGACCACAGAUCCACUGAUGCCAGUGACACAGAAGUGUCUGAGAGCUGAUGUCAGACUUCUGGCAACUCAGAGUCCCAGAUGUGAUGAGUACGACCGAGCUGGAAACCUGACCCAUGCUUUCCUGUACCCGCCGAACUUGAACACGACGGCAGAGCAGCAGUUUGACGCUCUGCUGACGAGUAACGUGGUGCCAAUGUAUCCUGAGUUUAAGAAGAUCUGGACCUACUUCCACGACACCUUACUGAUGAAAUACGCCUCUGUCUACAACGGCGUCAACGUGGUGACAGGCCCCGCCUUCGACUACAACUACGACGGCCAGUACGACAGGCCGGAGCAAAUCCAGCAGUUUGUAUCUGGCACCAACAUCUCCAUUCCCACACAUUACUUUGUGGUGCUCACCAGCUGCAGGAACUCCACACAGACGGCGAGCGCCUGUGGCAGCGAACUGCAGACCGUGUCCUUCCUGCUGCCUCACAGACACGACAACUCACACAGCUGCAGAAGUUCGGGAGACGAGUCUGAGUGGGUGGACGAUCUCAUGUGGUUCCAUCGGUCACGAGUACGGGACGUGGAGUGGAUCACCGGACUGGACUUUUACCAGGGAAGCAGUCGACCUAUCGAAGAGCUGCUGAGGAUGAAGACCCGCCCCACAGCUGCCAUUCAAAGAAAACACUAAACCUCGUUAAUAUUUUAUACAACUUUUUUUCCUAAUAUUCAAUAUUUGUAAAGAUUCUAUAUUUUUUGGAAUCUUUUGUUUAUCGUUUCCUGAUUUUGUAAAAAAAGUGAAUUUGAUUCAAAUUUGACCU